UUUAGUGGAAGAUGUCGUCGCGCGCUUCGCAGAGUCGGUUUGUGUGUUGUGCUGCGGUGAUUACACUGGGUGUUUAAAUAGUGUGUUUGUUUGGGAGGUUGAAAAAAAAUGUUUGGUUUUUUUUAAUUCAACUAAAACGUAAGCACAAACUAGGAUAGACGUUACUGCGAAGCCACGAUUUGUUGCACAAGAACAACCUCUAUGCGCCUUCACCUUCUGUGUGGAUCCCAAGGAGUCUCAGGCCUUUCAUGGAACGCUGCCUGGAAGUGCCAACAGUUAGGAAGUAACGGCCAUGGACAUUGCUCCCAUUCCUCCUCCACCCCCUCCUCCUCCUCCUCCACCUCCACCACCUCCUGCUCAGGUCACCUCCAUCAGUCGGCGUGGUUCUGUGCAAAAGCAGCGGCUUCGCAACCUGAACUGGGAGCGUAUUCCUAAGGAGCGGGUGGAAGGUCGUAAGAGCAUAUGGAGCGGCGCGCUGACUGCCGGUGAAGAUGAUGACUUCUCCAUUGACCUGCGCUCUCUGGAUGAGCUGUUUAGUCAGAAGGAGGCACGUAAAACAGGGAGAAACGACAGUUUCAGCCACAACCUGAGCCGCUGCAGGUCUCCACAGAAACCAGGCAGUGAGAAGGUUUCUCUGCUCGAUCCUAAGCGCAGCAUGAAUGUUGGGAUCUUCCUACGCCAGUUCAAAACCGGAGCAAAGGAGAUUGUGGAGGAUGUGAGGCAGGGGACUGGGGAGCGUUACGGAGCAGAGAAACUGGCCGAGCUCUGCAAACUGCUGCCUGAUGCUGAAGAGGAAGCACAGUUGAAAAGGUUUAACGGAGACCAUGGUUUGCUAAGAGAGCCAGACCUUUUCAUGCUCUUACUGAUGGAAGUCCAAAAUGUUCGCCUGCGUCUGGAUGCCAUGAUCCUGCAGCAGGAGUUCGACCCUGCAGUGACCUCUCUGUGUGUGGCAGCCAGAUGUCUGGGGGAGGCAGCUCGAGAGCUGCUGAAUUGCCACAAGCUUCACUCCAUCUUGCGUUUGGUGCUGAGGGCAGGGAACUACAUGAAUGCUGGAGGUUACGCAGGGAACGCGGCUGGUUUUAGGAUCGCCUCACUGCUCAAACUGGCUGACACCAAAGCCAACAAACCAGGCGUGGACCUCCUACAUUUUGUCGCCAUGGAGGCUGUGAAGAAAGAUGAGGAUCUACUGACAUUUCCCAGCCAACUGAGUCAUGUCAGUACAGCAUCAAGGCUGUCAGAAGAGACUGUGCUAGAGGAUCUGUCCCGCUUACGCAGUAAAAUAGACACACUGCAAAUCAGUGUGCAGACAGAUUCGGAGAUUGAACAGCAAAUGAGACCCUUCCUUGAGGCUGCGAAAGUGAGGCUAAUGGAAGCUGAGGAGGAGGUGGACAGCUUGCGUAAGACCAGCCAGGCCUUGGUGGAAUUCUUUUGUGAAGAUGAAAGCUCCUUCAAGCUGGAGGAGGCCUGUCGUAUUUUUCACUGCUUCUGUCAUCGUUUCCAAAGAGCUGUGCGGGAGAAUGCUGAGCGUGACCUGCAGGAGCAGAGGCGUGCAGAGCGGCAGCAGGAGAACCUAGAGAAGCGGCGCUCGCUGGCAGUCUGUAGUGGUUCUGAGCUUGACGACCUGGAGCGCUCGCUUGAGAGAAACCUGAGCUACACCUGGAGCCGCCGCAGUCUCCGCCGACAGCCAGAACGCUUUCUCAGUUUUCAGAGCAAGAGCUCAGACCCUGGUUUCCUUCAUAGCAAAGACCCCCAACAGCCCCUCAAUUCAGAGGGUAACGGUAAACAUUCUCAGCUUGAAAGACUUUUGCUGAAGGAUUGUGUUAAUACCACGAGUGGUUUGAAUGGAAUCAAAAUGGACUCUAGGUUGGAGGAAUGUGUGUUGCAAACGAAUAUUGAUGGAAAUACGGCAGGUAUGCCACACGCUAUUGUUGCAGUACAGCAAGAGAGGGAGAUGAACACGUCCCCAGUCAUGGGAAUGGUAAUGAAAGUUGAAACGCAGGUUAAUAAAGCUUCUGAAAGUGUAACACCUGUAAAGGCUGACAAGGUAGCAGAAACAAACUGUAUUAAAGCUAGCACCCAGGAACUGCUAUCUGACAGAGUGGCCAUUCAGGCUAAUGCCAAGAUCUCACAGAUAUCUUGCCACCUAGAAAUCUCACAUCAACUGGCACAGGAAGCUGGGACAGUCAGCCCAGAGAGAGAGCGGCUGUACCCACGGGUGGGUGAGACCUUAGAAUGUCACACACUAGUGAAGGGUUUGCGCUCAUAUGAAGCUCUUUCGCCCACUGGACAACGGGCAGCACCAAGCCACUGCUCAAAAUGGAAAAAAGAGCUGGAGGCUGAAGAGAAAGAUGGUGCAAGCUUGUCGCAAUCUAAGGAAGACCCAUGUACUUCCAAAAUGCCCAAAAAAGGUCCGUCCAAAAGGGGACUGGCCUCACAAUUUGGAUUUUGUAACAGCUCCGGUAUUCCAAAAGCACGUCCCAAGCCAGAGCCAAGUUCAGCUGAGGGACCAACACCUCGUGGAUCGCGUUUAACCCCUUCACGCUCUGUCUCCAUGCGCUCGUCACCAGUCAUGCGGCCUAGAAAUAUCCAGGUUGAUUUGAAGCGCAGCAACAGUACGAGUGAUAAAGCAAGCACCCAAUCUGACACAUUGGUGAAGCAGAACUGCCAACCUGCUGAAAAACCCAGCCCAGAGAAUAAGAAGACGCUUCCUAUUAGUCACCAGCAGUUAGUUAGGGGUUCACCUUUGCGCCUUUCAAAGCGGUUUGCGCCCCGGUCAGAAUCCCCAAGCUUAUGUCAGACUCGCACCAUCCCCAGCCCAACUGCAGCUACAAACACAAAGGCCAUCCGGACUGCAGUCAUCAAUGCUGCCAAAGCCAAAUCAGCCAAGAAUGCAGACACGGGAUCCUCGAAGACAACACCAAGUUCAAGGACUGCUGGCCCUAAAAUCCCACGACCUGCCAGUCAGCCCAUGUGGAGAUGAUAUUUGACUGCCUAAUCUUGUCAGUUAAUACUGACUGACUGGACCUCUGGACAUGUCUGUUUCUGUUUGUAAUUUUAAGGUCAUUGUGUAUGCAGGUAUUUAUACUAAAAGCAAGAGGGAUUGAAUGAACCUGUGUUCUUGGUUGGACUGAAGUGACUCCAAUGUCCUCCCCCCCCCCGUGUUGUCGUCGUCCCCCCCCCCCCCCCCCAAAAAAAAAAAUCAAUUCAAUCCUGUCCUCUAGCUCUGUCUGUCCAAAAUGGCAUUCAAUAAAGGGACCAUUCAUUCUAUUUGCUCAGUAGGGCCUGAGACUAGGGCAUGGAAAAGGAUCCUUUGGAAGACAGUCACUCUUCUCUGAGUCUUCUGCUGAAUCAGGUGUCCCUAUGUGAUUUUUGUCCUCAGUUUUCAGCAGGGUGACUGUUAAUGAUGGAGAAACAAUCCACAGAGCUGGAUGCAGGACUGUCUUUAGCUAUGGCCACUACCUCUGAACACUAGCAUGCUCUGUGCAGGCUCCAGAGCGCCUCUGGAGAGAAAUCAAAAAGGAGUUCCUGCCAGAACGUUGUUGUAAGGGCUAUUACUUUGGACCAGAACAUAUUUGUUCUUAGUUUUGAAUGUCUUAACAUUAUUUGCUUUAGUUUUCAGCACAUCACGUGGCAUUAAGUGGAAAUGCUGAACAGGUAGAAUGAGACGCGGCACUGUGGUGUAAGGACCUAAAUCUGAUAACUUUUUUUUUUUAUUAAGUACUAGUCUACCUGGAUAGGUAGAUUCCACAUUCUGUCCAACAGUCCUUGCACCAGGUCAGAACAACAUUAGUUCUAAUUAGGUACAACGUCUAAAUCUAAAUUCACUGAAAUUAAAAUCUAAAUUAAUUGGAAGAUGAGCAGCUUUCCAUAGCCUGAAGGUAUAUGUGUAGGUCUUAAAUAAGUCCCAAAGCUACAUGAGGGAGAAUGCCUUGUAAGACUUCCUGCCUUUGGGGUUUAAACCCCCCACCCCACCCCAAACUCCCACCAGAUGCACUUUAAGAGACCUGAGACAGUAAUAAUGAAGUUUGCAUUUUUGUGUUGAAGAAACAUGUUGAAACGUUUGAUACUAUCUAUUGUAAUAUUUGUAAGUUUAAAAAAAAAAUGAAAUAAAGCUGAAAAUGAAUUGACUAUGUAUAAAAGGAA